UUGUACGAGGCUGGCCGAAGCAGUCAGUCGCGGUCGCCAUUUUGUCGGGUAGUCAUCGGGUACGUCGUGUUUCUUUUCGGGUUGCUGUACAAAUUUUCGGACAGGCAUCUCCGAAAAAUUUGGGGUCCGGCAAUUUCGUUCGUUCCCCCAAAUGGCUUGUUUGAACACCCUCAAGCAGGAGAUCAAAACUCUUGAGUCCGUCUUCCCAAAGAGCCAUGAGAGAUUUCAGAUAAUGUCUGCGAGUGUGGACGAACUGAGCUGCAGGUUCGUCGGUAAAAAUGGGAAGAAAUACGAAAUACACGCCAAUAUUACAGUAAGUGUAACAAGCAUGGAUGAAAUUUCGAACAGAGAAACCUAUCCUUCAACACCACCAGUAUGGUUUGCAGAGUCAGAGGAAACAAGUGUGACGAAUGCUGUACAAAUUUUAAGUACUACCACUGGCAGAGACAACCACGUCAUUAAUCAAGUUGGGAUUCUCUUAAAAGAAUUAUGUAGACUUCACUCAUUACCAGAACCCCCUGAUGUUGAAAGGUUGAGGACAGCUUUGGAUCCAUUGCGCUUAGGAGGACCAAAUGAAGCUGCAGCACAAAGGAUGGAAGCUGAGGAUGCUGAAGACAUUGAUGAAGAUGAAGAAAGUGAUACAGAGGAAGACCUCCAUUUAGAUAUGGAUGAGGGUGAUGCUAAUGCUAAGAGUAAGGGUGAGGAAAUAGAAUUGGAACAUCUUGCGACAUUAGAAAGGUUGAGACAAAAUCAAAGACAAGAUUAUUUAAAGGGAUCUGUCUGUGGAAGCGUGCAAGCCACAGACAGACUUAUGAAAGAAUUGCGCGACAUUUAUCGAAGUGACAGUUUCAAAAAAGGAAUGUACAGCAUAGAAUUAGUAAAUGACAGUUUGUAUGAAUGGAACGUCAGGCUGAUGUGUGUUGAUCCUGAUUCACCUUUACACAGUGAUCUCAUACUUCUGAAAGAAAAAGAAGGCAAAGACAGUAUUCUUCUUAACAUGCUUUUUAAGGAAACGUAUCCUUUUGAACCCCCAUUUGUUAGAGUUGUGCAUCCCAUGAUCUCUGGCGGAUAUGUCCUUAUAGGAGGCGCUAUUUGUAUGGAACUCUUAACGAAACAAGGUUGGAGUUCAGCCUACACAGUUGAAGCAGUCAUCAUGCAGAUUUCAGCAACAUUAGUGAAGGGAAAAGCGCGCAUACAAUUUCAGGGACCGGGUAGUGCUAGCAAAGUAUGUGGACAAGGCCAAUACAGCCUAGCACGUGCACAACAGUCAUUCAAGUCUCUUGUACAAAUACAUGAAAAAAAUGGUUGGUUUACCCCUCCAAAAGAGGAUGGCUAAUGAAUAGAAAUCCCUGGGAGACAAAAGUUUGGGGCGUGCUUACAGCUGAGACUUUAAUUCGGUGUGUGCCCAACAAAUAAUUGUUACGAUAAUGAUUUGAUACACAAAACACAACAUUAACUAGGUAACUUAAGAUACUGAAUUAAUCUAACGCGUAAUUCCUUUGAUGGCUGAGAAAGGCUGCCGCGCAAACAGUGAAGUGUUUGAUUCUGUAUGCAUAUAGAUUUUUAGUAAUUAGUGAUUAGAAAACGCCAAUCGCAUUUGUGAAUGUGAGGUAUAAUCAUUUUUAUCUGGAAUUGAUUCUUACGUUUCGGAAUUACUAAGAAUCGUAAUUAUUCCAAAUAACAAUUAAUAUUAGUUCUUUUUCUUGUGAGUACACAUUGUUGUACGUACGUACGAAACAGUGUAAAACAUUCUGUGAAAUGCGUUUGCGCAAUCCGUGCUUCCUGUCUUUCGAACAGGGAGGGGAGGAACACGACGGUUAGCAACUUAGAUAGUUAUAUAUAUUGAAAAUUUUUCUAAAUGUUUUUUUUUAUCAUUGUGAGCUUUCAUUCGUUCCAUUCUAUCUUAUAUUUUAAUUCUUUCAUUCAUUGUGCAAUUUCAUAAAUAAGUUGUUUGGGUAUAUACAUUUGUUAAAGAAGAAAAAUGAAAAAAAAUAAGGAAGUAAGCAGUAUCUAAUUAAAUGCGAUGUUUCUGGGGGUAAUGUUAGCUUUGCCAUUACCUUUCAAUUUUUUUUUUUUGUAUUUAUUCAUUGACGAGCAUAAUUGGAACGAUGCGAACGAGCACACAACUAAAUCAUUACCUGCAGAAAAGUACCUUCAAGUAAGACACAUUUUUCAAUAAAAUUAAUAUUGCAGUAGCGUAUAAUGAGGCUUUAGAAGAUAUAGGAUUAAUUAUAAGCAUUCUAUUUUAAAUUUCUCUUUGCCACACAGGAUACUGUGUUAACUAUUAUUAAAAUAACGAAUGUACAUAUUUCCCAAUGCUUUACGUUGUAAUUAUUAUUCAUUUAACUUCCAAUUAAAACUCAACCGAUAAUGCAUUUACUUAACAAAUUUUUAUAAUUCACGUUUCAAUUUUUCAUCUAAUUAUGGAUAAAGAAAUCGCAUAGCAAUACUAGUUAGUAUAUAUUUCCUUAAUAAAAUAAUUAAGGGUUGUAUAGAUGUACAUAUACACGUUCGUAUGCGAGUUCUUAUAAAUUGGUUUUCUUUGGAAAUAAUUAUUUUGUUUCCUUUUGAAAAUUAAGAUUUGGUUGUGUGACUCGUUUAAUACGAACAACUUUUUUGUUACAUCGUCUAAUAAGCGAUUGAUGUCCUUGAAAUUCACACGAAAAUUAGCUCUGUAUUUUGGACGUACGUUCAUGCGAACUUUUAGUGACACCUACUCUACUAAUAUGUUAUACAGGGUGUUUUAAAAAUAUUGUGCAAUCCAAAAACUUCAUAUUAAAGUAAAUGGAAAAUCUGCAGAUUUCAGGACCGUAUAAUGUUUUUCAAUUAUUCUGUAUAUCGUAACAUCAAUUUUUAAUUGAAACUCUAUUUACGUGACGUAUCAAACGUGAAAGUAAGAAAAAUUUAUUUGUGCCACAGUAGCGUUUUACACUGGCCAGUCAAAAAAAAAAAUAAAGCAUAAUAAUAAAAAUGUAUUCAGUAUCGAACACGGUAGGAUUUCCUAGGUAACACGACGGUAUAGGGAAAGGAGGACCCAUUUAAUUACCAGGCAUUAUGAAGGUUUCAAAGUUUCAAUACUCGAAUUUUCAAAUUUCAGAUUCUACAUUUCUAAAUUCAAAAUUUUAAUAACUAACUAAAUAUUAACACGUUGUGACUGGAGAUCAUAGAUUUACCCUCUCUGAUAAUGAGAUGAACCGUAUGUAUAUCCUCCCUUACACUAAUUUCCCAAUCUCAGGAAUCGACUGAUUAGGUUAAAUAAAAUUUUCUCUACUAGACGUUUACACGCUAUUGAUGCAGCUUUAUCGCUAUUUUCCUUAAGGAAGUUUACCGUGUUCGAUACUAUACAUUAAAGGCACCGUUAAGAUCGCCAGACGAAUAAUCGUUUUCGAAAACUUAUAUACGUAUGUAUUAUUGCACAUGUAUUUUGACAAAUUUACGAGACUAUGCUAUUCUCUUGCGUCUUUAUUCGCCAAAACAUUGUCUGAUACAAACCUAUCUUAGUUUUCCAUUCUGUACAUUCAUGGACUUCCGUGGUUUCUUUUCUUUCAUCUCUAGGCGAUAGUAACGUUCACGAGGGCGAAAAAAAACAACUUAUUGCGCAUACGUUUAUUAACAAACGAAUUUCUACAUUGCUUUCGUAUACCGGCGAUACGUACCUACGUGGUCUUGAUUCCACUCCCAGAACGUCUAACGCGACAUGUUUCGUACAUACAUACAUGCACAUGCAGCAUACACCUCAUAUAUACACACACAUACAGUUAUGUGCAAUUUAGGCAUCUCUUAAACAAAAGAAAGUGCAGGAUAAGAAGUGUUCCGCUUCUUCUCCUUCGUACGCUCACUUUUAACAAAGAGAAGUUUAUUUUGCAUCCAAGUGUAUGUACAUGCAUGCAUACUAUGCAUGCACACACAUGCUCCGAUUCGUGUAUAUAAAAUAUACAUAUUCCGUUCCUUGUAUUUCAUCUUCGUACACGAACUUUCACGGAUCGAAAACUAAACUUUCGCACCCUUAUCUGAAGAGAACAUGUUUGCGCAACUGUACAGGAGAUAUCUAAAGAGAGAAACAUGAUUUGUAAACGUAUAUCCAGGAAACAACGAUAAGUACGAAGAUGAAGACGCGAUACAUAUGUUAUUUUGGCGAUAAUACGUGCACCGCCUUGUAUGGUAAUUUUUUCUAGGAAAAAAAGUGGUGUUAUGGGAAGGAGAUUAGCUACUCGUUAUGUCUGAUAAUUUUGGAACUCCCAAACGUGACCUCGUGUCAUGAGUAGUGACGUCUGCUCUCUCUAUGUCGCUGAUUUUCCUAAGGAAGGUUAUACUUGACAUUGUACAAUCUAUUCGUAAACAUAACGAAUUGGAUCAAUCGAGCGGAGUAGUAUGGGUCAGCAGUUUCUUUUUUCCUGGUGUAAUUAAACAAGGAAGAAAUUCGUGCGAGCAGUAUCGUAAUGAAACUCUAGAUUUUUAAGUAUAAGGUGUGUACAAUCAAUGAGCUCAUUGUCAGUGGGUAUCAAUGAUUUGUACAGCCUCCACGCCUGACUGACAUUGAGUACUGGUUGUUUGACGUCGUUAACCGUUAUGUUCUUUGUCAAAAGAAAAGAAGAAAAAAAAGAAAAAAAAAGAAAAAAAAGAUCUUUCAUUUCUCGUGUCUGUUAAGUUUUUUCUUUCUUUCAUUGGAGAAUUUUGCGAAGCGUAAUAUUGUAAGCAGCCACGUGGCCUGUAUAUUUUUGCUACAAAUAUCAUUAGUAGUACCACCGUUUUGAAAAAUUCAAGCUUUAUUGUGUUUUACUCUUAUUAUUAUCUUAUGUUUCCUCUUUUUUUUUUUUUUUUUUAAAU